AUGGCUUCGGCGCGCCGACUUGCGCUCUUCGCAGCCUCGGCGAUCUCAAUUGUCCUCACUGCCGGUGCAUUCCAAGUCUAUUAUAGGAGAGCAGUCACAGUUGCCCACGACUUGGGCAACCCUAGUGCAGCAGGUGUCGUGGAGGUCCUCCGCUACGGACCAGCCGAGCAAGAUUCCGAGGAUGAGGGGGAUGACGAGGAAGAUGGCCCGCCAGCAGAAGCUCAGUACGGCGAUGCUGAAGAGCAAGAAGACGACGAGGACGACGAAGAGGAGGACGCUCUGACACCACCAGCUCUGUUGUUGACAACAUCGCCCGCGCCGACUCGACGCACGCCAGCUCCGCGUAACGGACCCCAAGCAAUCAAUCCCGCUGCCCUACCUAUGCAAGCUCAGCCAACUGCUCCGGUCGCCUUCGCGCCUCCAGCCCAAGCCCUUCCACCUCCAGGCCAAGACAAUUUCGGCGGCCUCGGCCCUCUCAGCGGCACCUGUGAUGAGUGCCGCCGCAAGAAGAAGGGCUGUAACGGCGAUGUGCAGCGCCCAUGCACACGCUGCGCCAAUCUCGGAUACUCAGCAGCGCAAUGCGUUGACUCACGAAACAAGAAGCCUGCCACGCUUGGCAACGGUAAGAAGCGUGCUCGCAAGGAUGACGACGAGGAUGAGCAGGACAAGGGCGAGCCACCAGCCAAGAGAGGCCGUGGACGUCCACGCAAGGCUGAGACUCAGACUGCCAGCACUGGCCAGGCUGGUCAGAUCAGUGCCGGACCAGUGUAUAGCGCGGCUGAUGGUAAGUUCUCUUCACACGAAUACGGCAUGGAUGCGAGCAUGGAGCAAUGGCCGUAUUGGCAAGGCUCUUGGUACUCGAUCGAAAAGUGA